CACGAUAUGGAAGAGAUCAUGGCAAUGAUCUUUCAUGGGUUCGAGCUGGUUAAGGAACUCGAAUCAAACUUACCGGAAAAACCGCCGGAAUCUCUGUCGGUUUCCCUCGAUUCUAUCGCCAAAACAUUUGGCGAGGCUAACGAGCGGCUCAAGAAUCUCAUGAGCAGCUCCGACGUCCGACCAAACCGGCCGCUGACGCCGGUUUUCUCUGGUUCGGACCAGGUGUUGCUCCACAUGGAUUCCGGUGGUUUGAUGCAUGAGUACUGGUUAAGGCCCGGUGUGUCUCAGGGCAUCGACGCCGUGAUUCACACGCAGACGCACCUGAUGGCAGCUACCGGCCGAGGAAACACUCCGGCGGCGGCAGAGGCUGAGGGCUCCGGACAACUGCGGCCCGGCGAGCGUACGGAUUCCGCCGGCGGUAGCGGUUCCUCCACGCCGAGGCCGCGGCGAAGGAGUAAGGAGGAGGGGAUUCAACAAACGGUGCUUGUGGCAGCUCCGAGGAUGGGGAAUACGGAGGUGCCACCGGACGACAACUACACGUGGCGUAAAUACGGCCAAAAAGAAAUUCUCGGUUCCAGGUUCCCUCGGGCAUAUUACAGAUGCACUCAUCAGAAACUAUACAACUGUCCGGCGAAGAAGCAAGUUCAACGACUCGACGACGACCCGUUCACGUUCCGAGUCACGUACCGUGGCUCACACACUUGCCACGUGUCCCCCACUGCUCCCGUUUCCUCCUCUGCCGCCGCCGCCACGUCAACAUCCGCCGCCGUCCCUUACGUCGCCGAGGUGGCCGACAUGGCCAACGCAAUGUUCGACUUCUCCCGCGGCAGCAGUAGCGCCGGCGACAUGGAUUUCGUCUUCCCUGUCCGAGGCCACGAGUACCACCUCCGCCGCGACUCACCGGAGAGAAAGGACGGGUUCUGAUACGGUCGAUAUUAAUUUUGCAGAGUAGAUAUUAUUGAUUUAAUUAUUCUAAAUUACGAAAGAUUGGUCAGAGCUUUACUUUCUAUA